CACCCCCCUCUCCCCCCCACGUUCACUCUCCCAAACCACUCCCAACCUCCAGCAUUCACAUUCCAUCGAUCAUGGCCACCCGCCGCGGCGUCGGCCUCGGCGCCUUUGCGAACCGCAACCAGACGAGCCAAAUCUACGCGACGCACGGCGCGAACCUCCGGUCCGCGCACCUCGCCUCGCUGCAGACGCAACUCUCCGUGUUCCAGUCCCUGCUACACACCUUCGCCGUUGAGCAUGGCUCGAAGAUCAAAUCGAAUCCGACCUUCCGGGCCGAGUUCGCCCGGAUGUGCAACGCGAUCGGGGUCGACCCGCUGGCGGGGAGCAACGUCAAGGGCGGGAGGAACGCCUCGCGCGGCAAGGGCUCCUCCGGCGAGCACGCCAGCUUCUGGACGCAGAUCAUGGGCGGCGACAUGAAUGACUUCUACUUCGAGGUGGCGGUGCGGGUCGUGGAGCUCUGCCGCGAGACGCGGAGCGAGAACGGGGGGCUGAUCGGGGUGGAGGAGUGCCGCCGGCGAGUCGGCAAGGGCAGAGCGAUCGGGAGUGGGUUGGAGGUAACUGAUGAUGAUGUCCUCCGCGCCGUCCAGUCCCUCGAGCCGCUGGGCUCGGGCCUUGCCAUCAUCCGCGUCGGCAGCAAACAAUAUAUCCAGUCGGUGCCCAAGGAACUCAACACGGACCAGUCCACAGUCCUGGAGGUAAUCCAGGUCCUGGGAUACGUCAGCGUCUCCAUGUUGCGGAUCAACUUGAAGUGGGAGAAGGCGCGAGCGCAGACGGUGGUCGAUGAUCUGCUCGCCGACGGGCUUGUUUGGCUGGAUGCACAAGGCGAGGAGAACGAGUAUUGGUCGCCGCAGAAUCUGCUAGACGAUAGUGGCUGAGCACAACCACUCCAAGAGGGCUGUCUGGUAGGACAGCCCUUGACCGUAGACACACAGUCGUCGCCCGGGUACUAGAUACUUCAUAAAAGCCCGCGGCCAAACCCUUCCGGCGUCACGCCCCUUGGUGCGACAUGACCCCCAAGAACGCACCUGCAAGGACAUUAAGGUCUCGCGCGUGGUCAAUAAGCUUAGCAGCAAGGUCACAUACUCAUCCUGCUACCAGGAAGAUACCUGACAUCAAGUCCCACCAUGUACAUAUCCUUACGCCCACCAUUGGCCUUCGGGCUUGGCAGCCUAAGCUGUAUCACACCACAUUGGGUGUUUAGUGGUCUACAAUAUAUAACAGACACAUAUACGCCGG